CUCUGUAGAACGCGUGGAAAGCCUGCACUUGGGAGCCUGCAGAGAGUCUGAAUUGCCUUCGAAGAGUCGCUAAAAGCCAAAAAGCAGCCAAUGAAGCGGCGAGAAGUAGGGUCACCAGCCAAAAACACACGCAGCAAGCGCAAGACCAUCAUGGAGGGGGCCGAGCCGUUCGAGCGCGGCUUGGAGCCGGCUAAGAUACUGGGCGCCAACGUCAACUCGUCGGGUCAAAUCACAUUCCUGAUGAAAUGGAAGGGCAUCGACAGUCCCGAUAUGGUGAGUGCCAAAGUGGCCCACAUAAAAUGUCCACAGCUGGUCAUUGCCUUCUACGAGGAGCGCGUGGUCUUCGAAAAGAAGGACAACCCCUCUGGCAGCACUGCUGGCGGAUCAGACGACGAACAGGAAGAGAAUGACGAGGUUAAAAUCGAGAUCAAAACCGAGGCCGAGAACCAGAAUUCGGACGACGAGCUUUCAAUCGGAGAAACCUACAACUGAGCAUAUUCCCCAUAACCUCACAAUAACCUAUACAAAUUGAAUGUUCUAGAAACGAAUAAAGCACACAUCUCCCAUUGUUCUUGUA